CAGCUCAGGCCAAGAGUUGAUUUGGGAGUUGGCUGCCGUUUCGGCAGUUUUGCGGCGCUGGUCUAUGCUGGACCCGGGCGCAGGCCCAUGGUGUCUCCGAGCUGGUGCUGCUGACGGCACCCCUCCUGCAGGCAGAAUUCCAGAGACCACCCGUGUUGGCCUUGUGGGCAGCCUCUGUAGUGAGACUUGAGCCGCCCAAGCGGACGUGUGCGCGCGGCCAGCCAGUUUUCGGCUUUGGAGUGGCUGGGCAUGCUCUCUCUGCUCUUUCGUUGAGCUCGCUUUUGCCUCGCAACGGCCCUCAGAUGCACCAAUAUACAGUGUGGCUGUCCCGUCAUGCACCAGAGCGUGCGGGACGACUGCAAGCCGGUCGUGUUUAAGAACGGCGAGCGCCAGCGGUUCCCCUCCCCGACGAAGAAGAUCAGCGCGCUGCGGCGGCUGCGCACCCAGCGCGGGGUCGUGAAGGAACUGCAGUGGAAGGAGUCCGACGACGGAGCUCCGCGCCUCGACCUGGAGCGGUGCAGGAUCAGCCACCAGGCGGCGAGGCCCAAGCAGG